AUGAAUGAUAGUGAACUUCGAAGUGAAGAUUCUCUUCAACCAGUUAAAUAUUUAGGCAAAGAACGUUCAUUAUAUGCUCGUGGAAUAGGUAUAGCAAUUGAACCUGUACGUAUUGUAUGGACGCGUUCAAAAAAGGGUUCACACUAUAAUCGUUGUGCUAUAUCAAUUGAUCGAUUUGGUUUAUGUAUAUAUGAAGCAAUAGCUAAUGAAACAUAUAAAAAUGUUUGGUGUGAUGCUAUUGAAAAUAUAUCAUAUUGUGUUGCUGAACCAUUACAUCGUCGUCUGUUUGCAUGGAUUGCUCGUUCAACAUAUUCCAAUGAACUUGAUUGUCAUGUUGUACUUUGUAAAACAAGUAAACAAUCACGUUUACUUGCUGAGUUAUUAGCAAAAGUAUUCUACGAAACAUAUAGUUAUGGACAAAAACGCAUUACUAAUUUAACACCAAAAUUACCAAACCGUUGUUCUGUAUGUGAUACUAUGAUUCGACAACAACAAUUAAAUAACCAUUCAAUAUUAAAUCGAAAUUAUUCUCAUCAACCAUGUUAUAAUAAUCCUAUUGAAGAAAAACAAGAAAAUGAUAGUGAUGAACAUGAUUCAUUUCAUGAAUCUAUGAUUGCACGAGCUUUUGUACGGAACUAUGAAGAAAAUUCAAUUAAUACCAGUAGACGUCAAAGUAUUGAUUAUGAUUCAAUAUUAUCGGAUAAAAAAUCAAUUAAACCAGUUGAAUAUUAUCGAAGAUAG